UCCGAGUAUUUCCGCUGCCUGGGACUAGCUAACCGCACACCACCUCCACCCCCAUCUACUGGGUGAUGUAUAGCGCUAAAUAAGGCAAAGCCCAUCGCUGUCAGGACACGGACUUACCUGCAUACUUUAUGCAGAAAGUUUGGGCUCUUGAACCCUGAGUCUGGGAGUAAAAAGGGUCCACCAUGUCUGAACUGUUUAUGGAGUGCGUGGAGGAGGAGCUAGAGCCGUGGCAGAAACAAGUUCCUCAGAUUCAUUUAAUUGAGGACGAUGAUGAUGAUGACGAACCAAUCUUCGUUGGAGUUCUCUCUGGUAAACAAAAGGACAGUAAACCCAGCCCUGCACCUUCUCGGAGGAACAGUGCAGGGCCUCAACAAAAGAAACUAGCAGCUGCAGGCCCCUCACCUAUAGUACUGCAAGCUAAUGCUCCUGCAACUACAGUGAAAACCGUACCUCCCUCCCUCACAACAGGAACUCCACAACCAGUUAUAGUUAAUAAUCAGGGCUUUAUUGGCACUUCUCUGCAAUUAACAAACAGCAGUGGCCUUAUUGCCACUCUUGGAAGCCAGUAUCCCCCUGGAACAUCAUUUACAAUUGUACCAGCCCCUCGUCAGCAGCUUUUUCAGCAGGUCUCUCCAGCUACAGUAUUGCCAGGUGCGGUCCACCGGCCUCAGGUUCAGCAAAUCAGGAACAAUGUGGUGACUCUGGCUAACGUCCAGAGCCCUGCUGUGUAUUCGGUUCAGUCUAAUCAGCUGCAGCCCAAAAUGUCCAACACACCAUCCAUCCAAAGCGUUUCUGGAAAGGACAUCAGCGAUGAGAGCUCCGUCAAACGGGGUUUGAUUGUAUCAGAUGUUGACAUGGCGGUAAAAAAGGUCAAGCGUGAUGGAGUAACCAUCCAAGUGGAAAACGGCGUCUUAAAGAGAACCUGCCCCAAAUGUCACGAAGAUUUCCCUUCAGAAGAGGCUGUAAUGUUUCAUAGCGUGCGUUGUCUUGCGAAUGGUGGAAGUGCAGCUCCGUCAGCCCCGAACGCGAGCAACUCAGGCAAACUCAUCAUGCUUGUCGCAGAUUUUUACUACGGCCGCUUCGAAGGAGAUGCAGGGAAAAAGGAGGCACAGAAGACCAACACAACUUUUAAAUGUCAAAGUUGUUUAAAAGUUCUCAAGAACAAUAUUAGGUUCAUGAACCACAUGAAGCAUCACCUGGAGCUGGAAAAGCAGAACAGUGAGAGCUGGGAGAGCCACACAACCUGCCACCACUGCUACAGACAGUACAUGACCCCCUUCCAGCUGCAGUGCCACAUAGAGAGUGCUCACAGCCCCAUUGAAUCUUCAACCAACUGCAAGAUAUGUGAGCUGGCAUUUGAAUCGGAGCAGGUGCUCCUGGAACACAUGAAAGCCCACCACAAACCUGGUGAAAUGCCUUAUGUCUGCCAGGUGUGCGAUUUUAGGUCUUCCUUCUUCUCUGACUUGGAGGCACAUUUCCGAAGUGUCCACGAGAACACGAAAGACCUGCUCUGUCCGUUUUGCCUCAAAGUUCUCCGAACGAGUCACAUAUACAUGCAACACUACAUGAAGCAUCAGAAAAAAGGGAUCCAUAGAUGUGGAAAAUGUAGACUGAACUUCCUCACCUACAAGGAAAAAGUGGAGCACAGGACUCACGUCCACAAGACAUUUAGGAAGCCGAAAGCCUUGGAGGGCCUUCCUCCGGGUACCAAGGUAACAAUCCGGGCCUCCCUGACUGGAAAAGGACCCGUAACGCCACUCAAUUCCCAUAAAUCCGCUGUGGUCGUCACUCCAGAACCAAUGUGUUUCCCCAACUUUAAAGUCAAGGCUCCAGUUAACCUCAGCAGGUCUAAAACAAAAGACGCUCGCACAGGAAAGGUCAAGACUGCCCCGAACAAAAAGACAGAGCGUCAUCCCAAGCACAACUUGGCGCUCAAGAAUCUCAGUACCAGUGGGGGCAGCUUCACAUGCAUCGAGUGUAACUCCAAUGUGGACGACUUCCUCUCCCAUUUUCCAAUACUUUCACACUGCGGGGCAUGCAAUUAUCGGACAGGUUGCAAAAUAUCUUACGGGAACCACAUGAUUAAAUUUCAUAGCACCUUCAAAAGGAGGGUUUUGAAAAUGGAUCGCAAAAAGGAUUUAGCCAGAUUGAAAUUAACCCUCAUCUGUCUGAACUGUGAUCUACAUGUUGAUGCCUCUGGUGGAGACCUAAUGUCCAAACAUUUAACAGAUCAGCCAAAUCACUUAUGUAAAGUCAUCCAGGAAAAAGAUAUCAGAGCUGAAGACAAAGACCAAGGCACAGUGAAUCUUCAGCUGUCAGGGGAUGACAACCAGACAGCACCCCCCUUGCCAACAACAGCGCCUGUAGAACCGACAGAAAUUGACUCCAAAGAAUCCCUAGAUAACACCGCUGGAAGUGACAAUCUCACUGAUGUUAGCCGUCCUGGAUCGGAGCUCAUUUUACCAGCAGGUGAUCAGGAAAAUGAGUCGAUAAAACCCUGUGCAGAUGAGGGAACUGAAUCAAAAUGCUCGUCUUUGGAGGCCGCAUCAUCAUCAUGUUCAGCAGAUUUGCUCUUAGUUCCCUCUGAGGAAGCUGAGGGUCAGCCUGAGCGGCUGAAUGACAUCGAUCAGCCGUCGGCUUCAGACAGUCUGUUGGAUCCAUUGACAGGAGAAAAGACGCCUUAAGUUAUGAACCUUAACGCAGCAGAAGGGACAGGUGAAACAAAUCCUUUACAUUGUUUUCAAAACACAUUGAGGAUAUCAAACAUUUGUCACGCUUUGACUAUUCAUUACUGCUUUUCUCCAACCAGGUCAAUUUCAAAUGUUAUUCAAAGGUUUCAUCAGCACCUGUACCUUUAUAAAAAGCCCAACAGAUUGUAUUGCAUCCCUGCUGAUCCCGGGAUACCGUCGGUUUGCCGCUAGACUUGAAUAUUUUAGGUUCAUUUUUUGUUUCUUAAAUACUGUUGUGUAGUCUUUGCAGCAUUUAAGUUAACAUCCUUUAGGAAACAUUAAAGAAUAGUACUCUCCUUUUUUCAUGUUGGAAAGUUUAUAUAUAUAUAUUUUUUAAUUGCUUUACAAGCUUUUAUCUUAAUGACAAAAGAUGUUUUACUUUGGGAAACGAAAAUCAGUCAAGCUUUUGAGUUUUAAUGGUCCUGUUACCAUGCACGAGGAAAUAUAACUCAGCUGUUUUAGGGAUUGUUUCAGCAGUUUAUGAAACUUUAGUAGAGACAUCCAUUUUCUUAUUUAGAUUGUUUAAAUUACCAGGAAUAUGUUUUGUUUUAAUUUGUAAUUUGCUGUCAUUAUGUGAUGUGUGGGAUUUUUUUUUUUUUCUUCUCAAGCAAACUUUUGCAUAAAAUGUUAAAUUUACAGGAAAUUCCCCAGCAUUUAGCAAAUUAAUGGCCUUUCAUUCAACAAGAUUUUGAGUUACUAAAAGAAAACAAUGUUGGAUGUUAUCCCUAAGGAGAGCUGUAUGAAAAAUGUGUCUCGGAAGAGCACAUUGAGAAAUAAACACAUUUUAAUAGUUAAGGUAACCAAAUCAAUGUCGGCCAGAACUGUAACCAUGUCAGUUUUCUGUCACAGCUAUGUUCCUUUAAGAAUAUGGGAAUAUUUCAAAAAGCCACUUUCAUUGUUUUAAUUUUAUCAGUAAAAAAAGCCUGUAAAUACAUUUACAUUGUGUAUAAAUGUUUUGAUGAUAUUGCCAUAUUGAUCCCUAUAUACAUUACAUUAUACAGGGAUCUGCAUCAUGGGUUAUAGCAGCAGAGAACUGCUUUUGUUCUGUAAAUAAAUCUUGCAUA